AUGAUAGAUACUUUAGCAGGAGGAUCAGUGAUGAAACUUGAUGUGGAUGAGGCAUAUGACCUGUAUGAAAAAAUAGCUGAAAACCAAUCAAUGUGGCCAACUGAUAGGGAAGCUCCAAGGAAAACAUCAGGGUUACACAACGUAGAUGCGGUGAUAGCUUUGGCCGCACAAAUGGAAGUUCUUACCAUGAAAAUGGACAAUCUAUCUAAGUCAGUCAACAUGGUACACCAAUCGCCACCUGUUUGCGAAGGCUGUGGAGCGGAUCAUGCUAGUACACGCUGCCCUUUGGCGUCUACACAUGUUAAUCAAUCCGAAGAAGUAAGUUACGCACAGAACUUUCAGAGACAGCAAAAUAAUCCUUUCUCCAACACAUUUAAUCCGGGUUGGAAGAACCAUCCAAAUUUUUCAUGGUCCAAUAAUCAAGGACAAGAACAGGGAGGAGGCAAUCAGAAUAAACCACCCGGGUUCCAACAGCAGCAACAGCAAGGGAGAAGGCCAUCGUUGGAAGAUUUGCUGGCUCAAUACAUUACUAAAACUGAGACCAACUUUCAAACCCAACAAGCCUCGAUCAAGAAUUUGGAACAACAGGUUGGACAAAUUGCAGCUCAAGGGACAUUGCCUAGUAAUACUGAAACAAACCCUAAGGAACAGGUCAAAGCAAUCACUACACGUAGUGGCGUCCAGUUACCAGAAAUACAUGUAAAGCGACCAGCAACUGUCAUAGAAAAGGCACCUACCAUGGACGAGGAGCAAGUGGAUGAAUUAGACAAGGCCGCUGAGGAAAAUCAAGUUGAGUCAUCAAAUAGUCCACAGGUGAAAGCAACUGCUCCUGUCAAAGCAUAUGUUCCUCCAAUCCCAUUUCCACAGAGAUUGCAAAAACAUAAGCUCGACAAGCAAUUCCAGAAAUUUUUGGAUGUGUUCAAGAAGCUGCAUAUUAACAUACCAUUUGCUGAAGCUUUAGACCAAAUGCCCAGCUAUGCUAAGUUCAUGAAGGAUAUUCUAUCAAAUAAGAGGAAGCUGGAAGACAAUGAAACAGUCAUGCUUACUGAGGAGUGUAGCGCAAUUCUCCAACACAAAUUACCACCGAAACUAAAAGACCCAGGGAGUUUUACUAUUCCUUGUCACAUUGGUUUGGGGGAAGCAAAACCGACAACAGUUUUACUACAGUUGGCUGACAGGUCGAUCAAACACCCUCGUGGUAUUUGUGAGGAUAUUUUGGUGAAG